UUUGGUAAGAAAAAAGGAAGAAACUGAGAUCAUAACAGCGUAUCUACCAGCUACCCAAACUAAAAACUUUACAAACACGGCUGCAACUUGAAGUCAAACAACUCCACAAGAAUAUAUACUGUGAAAUGAUGAACUCCAGACUCUCAUCUCUGAUCCUGCUGUUACACAUUCAAGGGUCUUUAACAUUGGACAGGUUUACUGUGAGCUGUGAUAAACAGAAUAUUUGUGCUGUGAGAGGGGCAUGGGUGAAACUGAUGUGCUCUUACUCAAACAUCAACAUCAAAACUGGAUUCUGGUUCAGCCAGAAACAGAAAACAAACUGGAGAAACAAAGAUGAACCUGAAGAUUUGACUUUAGAUUCAGAUUACUCAGGACGAGUGUAUCGGCGGAUCACUGAACACUACUCACAACUCAUAAUAGAUGGCCUGAGAGAGAGAGACAGUGGAGAAUAUCAGCUCAUGUUCAUUAUGAAGGAUGGAGUUAAACAUCUCAGCUCAGUCACAGUCAAUCUAACAGUAACAGUUUUACAGGUGAUGAUGAAUCCUGAAUCUACAGAACAGCGAGUAAAACUGAUCUGUGAUUCUUCCUGCAAUUUCACAUCUGACCAUUACUCCUGGUACAAGAAUGGACAACAUUUAAAAGAUGAAAAAUCAAAAUCCUUAUUUGUGUCAUCCAGUGGAAGCACUGACAGCUAUUCCUGCUCUACAUAUGGCAAUCCCUCCUCAUCUGUGUGUCUUUCUAACAGUGUCUGUUGGGGUGUGACUUACACCUCUACAAGAGUUUGUGCUUUAGUGGGAUCAACAGUAGAUAUUCACUCUUCAUACUCACAUCCCACUGGAUAUAGAGUAAAGAAAACAGUCUGGGGUUUAUGGAAUAUUCGGGAUCUGCGUGAUGUUCAUCAGUUUGCUGGUCGUGUGGAGUUUGUUGGAAACACACUGAGAAUCAAAGACGUUAACAUGAGUGACUCUGGUGAAUAUCGAUUUCGGAUCAUCAGUAACACAUCAGAUGUAUUUUCUGGUUUUCCUGGAGUCUUUCUUACUGUUACAGGUAACUGCUCAUAAUGAACUCUCUGUAAAGCUGCAUUCACUGAUUAGAUUUAUAAUGAAUAUAUUAUGCUACUGGUUAGCAUACCUGUCAAGUUUUGGAUUGGAAAUUUUCCAGCGCCCACUGCGAGCAGUCCCACCACCCCAACUAAGCUCCAGUGUCCCUUACUACAUUUUAUAUGAAGAGCAUUUAUUUAUAAGGCUUAUUAGCAUAUUUUCUGUUCAUUUAACAUUGCUUGUCUUUACAUUUACAA